AUGGCAAGUGGUUCAGAGUCUAAAAGUGAAGUGAAUUCAAGCGCUAGUUUUUCUAGCAACAGUGACGAAGUUGAUGAUAUCUUUAUCACUUGUUGUGCCCCUAAUGGAUGCACUGUACCUUCACCUGUUAAUUUGCAUCAGUGCGUUAAGUUAACAUCGAGUAGUGACCAGUGCACCUGUUCACUGUUCAUGCACAGCGAGUGUUUUGAUCAGUUUGAAGAGUCAGUUCUCCAGUAUCUCAAGCUUUCUGGCAGAGCUCGGAGCUGGUCCGAAAAGCAGCGACGACAAAACAUAUGGACUAAAAGAGGAUACGAUCUAGCUUUCAAGGCUUGCUUAUGUAAAUGCAAGAAGGGCUACUUAAAGAAAGAUCUUGAUCAGGUUGAAGAGUUUGAUCCAGCUCCAGUCACAAAGUCCAAGAAAAAGAAACGUAAAUCAAACGAGAAACCAUUGCUGAUACUGAGCACUUCUCCUACCAACAGGAAUAGAACAAUCUCAGGCUGUUCAACUGGUAGCGAGGGUGGUGGGAUAUCCAAACUUUCAUCUCCUAAAGAGGCUGUCUUCUCCUUUUCAAGACGUUCAGACUACCACGCAUUCCUGGUGGCCCUACCUAAACAGAAGCUUAACCCGUACCACAUCAAAAUGGAAGAUGAGACUUAUGGUGGCAAUUAUGAUGAGAACAGGAACUUUGUGCUCUCCAAUCUAACCAGUCAUAAGGUUCACACAGUACACUGCUUACUUUGCCUUAGAUCUUUACCAGUCUACGAUAGAUACCCUCUUAUUGAUGGAACAUUCUUCCUCUCAGUCCACAAGUCCCACAAGAGCUCAAUAGAGAUUCAACAUAACGGUUACAAUAGAUACCUGUGUGCUGUGUGCGUGGGCUGCCUUCAUGGCUACUCUGCUAAGGUACACUGCAAGUUCUGCAAGGAGGAAUGGCAAGGAGACCUGUUCCAACUGGGGACCCUCUACAGUUUUGACAUUUUUGCCGCUAACCCCUGUUGUGCUAAGCGUACUCAGUGCAACACCUGCAGUGCAAACGUUCUAAAGGCCGGAGUAGAGGCCUCCUUUUCUUGGUUCGCUCAACAGCUCCAGUGCGAGGAUUGUGGCUCCCUCGACUACCACCUCAUCAAGCCCCAUCUGUCAGUCUUCAAGAUCAACACUGACUAGCUCUACAAUUAUCUAAACCGCCGGGAUGCCGCCACCCUAGAUUUAAUGAUUUGAACCGUGGAAAACUUAAUGUUCAUGGAACAACUAUAUUAUAUAUCGCAUGCGUUUUAAGAAUUAGUAUUGAUGUUUGAACAAAAGGACGUGAUUGAGUUGUAAGGAUGUUGUUUUUGAUACGUUGUUGGUUAAUCUAAUGGUCGUUGAAAUGACUGAUAACUGAUAAUAUCUUCAAGCGAUCCACCAGUCAUACUUUACAGAGACCAAGUAACGGUUUGAUGAACAUACCCUGUUAAUAAGGAUUGAACUGAUAAGGAUUAUACUGAUAAGAAUUGAACUGAUGAGGAUUAUACUGAAGAAUAAGUUUACGUCGUCAUGUUUUUUCUACUACUAAAGGUGCAGUUUACUUAUCAGACGACUUUUAUUAACUUAGUAUUUUAACUUUUCUCACGAGAACCUACUCGUGAUUACUCUAUUUAGUUUUAAAACCCUAGCCUAUAAUUAGCGUAUAAUUUUCUCUGGUCGGUUCUAAUUGGUGUUAAUCAAGAAUUGAUUGGUAAGAUUUUACAGGAUUAAGAGAACUUUUUAAAGCUAACUCAUAUUGUAAAACGUGUUCUAUCCCGAGUCAGCAAGAUACAUACACCUUGGUAGCCUGUGGUUUGGUUUGUUCAUAUCAUUAUCAUGGUCCUUAAAAGUGCAAAAUUUCAUAUGUGCGACUAUUUUAUAAUGAUUAAUGAUUAUCAAUUUGCAUAAAUCAAAUAUUUGAUAAACUUGAUCCUAAACAAAUUUCUGUGGCCUUAGCUAUACCACAAAUGCAUGGGUUGAUUGUUGGGGCUUGCCCUAACCGAAAGUUGAGUUACAUUUUCAAAUGAUGUGAACAAACCUAACAAAAAACAGGUUUCUGUGGUUAGUCAUUAUCAAUUGUAGUUCUUUUAC